AGCUCCACCUCUAAUAUUGAGUAUUUAUUAUGACUGAAUAAGGCUCACUGAGUAUUUCUUUUACCAAGUCUCAUUAUUAAAACCUGCAACAUGUGCUGCACUUUUUUUAGUCCUGCACUAGAAUAAACUAGACUUCCUGCAAAAACCUUCAAAAUAAAAUUAUUGACUUGGUGUCGCUGUGGGAGCAAAAGGCAACAGAGGUCAAUUAAGAAAUGGAAAGUAUACACAAUAUACAAAAUGCAAUUUAUAAAACAAGACAUAUAAACAUAAGGGCUCAAGCUAACUGUCAACCAAUGCAGAGGAAUAACCUAUACAAAGUUUAGCUACCUGUAAGUGUCAUGAAUUAACUGGCAAAGUAAAAACAAAGUUUCAUGGAGCAAUAACUCUACCUUAUAUGAAUAUUUGAACCUAAAAAUGUAGCAGGUGUGUAAAAAAGAGCUGCUACUAAUAGUUUUUUAAAACAUUAGUAGCAAGGCCUCCAUAGGCCUUCUUUUACCAUCCGUGUUGUUAAUAUAAGUAAAGCCAAUAGUUUUGAUCCCAACUUGAAAUUUUUCAUUUACCCAAGGUGACAAUAGCAAGGUGACAAUAAGCAUAUUUGAAUAUUUGUAGCCUCUAAAAUAUUCAAACAAACAAAAAGCUAAACUGUGUAGUGCAUAAACACCAGUUAGGUGUAUAUUCGUUGUACACUGUAUUUUAAUUUAACAUGUGUCAGGACUCUCAGGUUUUAUCAAGUUAAUCCAGAUGUAUCGCUAGUAGAAAUUUUAGACUUUAAUUUUGAAGUACCAGUAAUACAUUGUUCUAUUUUUUAAUUUAAUGUCAGAUGACUUUUACUACCUCCUGAGAGAUCCAUUACUGAAAGUAUACAACCACCAAUAAAUCUAUUAUCAAUUACUGAGUACAGUAAGAGCAGUCUUUAUAAAAGAACUGUCCCAGCCAGACGUCCUUCAAGGAACAUGAACUAAUUUGAAUUGCCAGCUUCAUGCUUACAACGGAGGCUCCCACACUGCAGCAGUCAAUGCAAUAUCAGGAAGAGUUCAGUUGCAGUUGGGCCAGUGUCAGGAGCUAUUUACGUUGACAUGCCAUUCAACAGCUAAAAAUAAACAUACACAUUCACUGGCUCCUUUGAAAUGUCAUUUCAAACAGCCUACUGCAAUCAGUGUUGAAAAGUGGCACAAACAGACUGUGUAAUAGACUGGUUAGCUUGGGUCACACAGCUACAUCUACCUGAGCAGAGUGUGUGUGUCACUGAACUGCUGCAGUGUCCACACAGACAGUGUUGCUGCUGCUGCCAGAUCUAUCUUUCUACAUAGUGUUGAACUUUGAUAAUGGGCAUCAAUAAUAGAAUGUUUCAUAUCAUUUCAUUAUAAACUUCAUUUAUGUUUAGUUCAGACAGAAAAAGGUUAAGAAGCGUGUGCUCAAAUAAUAAUAUGUGUGGCUUUCUUUCUGACGGGCAUGGUGGGGUUGGUUGGGGAUACUUCAGUCCUCACACAGGACAGGGUUUUUUUUAAUCGAUUAUAUUGAUUAUUUCCGCCAGUUAAACCCCCGCUGUCACAGCUGCAAGUGAAGAAAAUCCCUUCAGAGAUCACCAAGUUCCCCAAACGAGCCAAACACACUCCGACAAACAAACCUCCAAACUAAAUGACAACAGAUAUGGAAAAUAACAACACCUAAUCUCCGUCUGCAAGCAGUUAAAACGGCAGGCGGGAGUCCCGGUUUGAACUAAUAUCACAGAAAGCGAGCAAAAAGGCCGGAAGAAAAAGAAAAAAAGAGGGACAAAGCAGAGAGAGAUAAUGAUGGAGGAUGGCGAGGGGGAAAUCAGUCUUUCCAGUCUUUCUUGAUAGUGAGGCUCCACUCCCAGGAGAGGUGAAGCUCCGUGUGUCACCGACCCUCCGCGCUGGAGUUCCCCUCCAGGGAGGCUCCCUGCCCCGGCGUACACCUCGCAGGUUGACCCGCAGUGGUGACACUUCAUCUCUCUCCAGUGCCAUCUUCAGCUGUGCUUGAACACACCCGGCUCCAAUCGAACAUGUCAUCAUCAUAUGCUGCUGCUAUAUCAGCCCUUAUUUCAACCGGCUCUCUUGAUCCACCCAUCAAACCCAGCCGUCCUGCCCCACGCACAGCUGGAGGUCCUAAACCUGCCUCCUCGCCCCUCACUCCCUCCCACCGCCCUCCAGCUGUUGAAGUACACCCUCAGUCACCUGAGCUUCUGGCAUCUUAUGAUGAGCACCAGGAGAAUCCUGCAGACUAUGGGAUAGGUGGUUACUACUCUGUAGAGAUUGGAGAGAUUUUCGUUGACAGAUACCAAGUGGUCAGAAAGUUGGGAUGGGGUCACUUCUCUACUGUGUGGCUCUGCUGGGAUAUGGAGAAGGGGCAUUUUGUGGCUCUGAAGGUGGUGAAGAGUGCUGAAAUAUUUACAGAGACGGCGCUGGAUGAGAUCAAACUUCUUAAAUGUGUAAGGGACAGCGACCCUAAAGAUCCUAAACGUGAAAGAGUGGUGCACCUCAUUGAUGACUUCAGGAUCUCAGGAGUGAAUGGAGAGCAUGUGUGCAUGGUUCUGGAGGUGCUGGGCCACCAGCUCCUGUGGUGGAUCAUCAAAUCCAACUACACUGGUCUCCCCCUGCCCUGUGUUAAGAGCAUCCUCAGACAGGUUCUGCAGGGUUUAGAUUACUUGCACACCAAAUGCAAGAUUAUACACACAGACAUCAAGCCAGAGAACAUCCUCCUGAGAGUUGACGAGGCUUACAUUCAGAAACUGGCGGCGAACACCAAGCUGUGGCAUCUGCCGAUGUCCUCUGCUUUCACCAGAUCCUCAGUGAAAAGAAGCUCCAGAGAAAAACAGAGUCUGUCCAACUUAUUGGGGAAGCUGACUGGGGUCUUCCAUACUCUUGGGGAGUGGUCCAGCAGGGUCUCCAGGACCCAGAUUAACCGACUGACAAGGAAGGACAGGAGACGACGCGGACAGGAGAGUGCAUCUGACCACAAUCAAAGAGACAAACCUCAUGUGAUGUUUGCUGAUGUCACUGCUCCCUCUAGCACCCCUAGCUCCCCCUGUCACUCUAAGCUUCAGGGUCCUAACCUCACCUUGAGGAGACACACCCUGCUGUUGGAGGAUGGACUGGACUCAGCUCCUCACAGCUACAGACACUCCAUCUGCUCAUUUCCAGAUCUCAACAAAACUGCUCCUGUCUCUGGCCCGAGAUCACUGUUAUUACAUCAGACUGCAGACAGAGAGCCGCCUCCACCUUCACCUUCCUCUCCACAUGGUAUCAGUGACUCUGAUGUACUUCUGGACCUACUGAAGCCUCAGAAUGCUGAUAAAAUUCUCAUCAAGAUUGCUGACCUGGGCAAUGCCUGCUGGGUGCACAAACACUUUACUGAAGAUAUCCAGACAUGUCAGUACCGUUCUGUGGAGGUCCUGAUAGGCGCUGGCUACAGCACACCGGCUGACAUUUGGAGCACUGCUUGCAUGGCUUUUGAGCUGGCCACAGGGGACUAUCUGUUCGACCCCCAAUCAGGAGGCACAUUCUCCCGCGAGGAAGAUCACAUUGCACACAUCAUUGAGCUGCUGGGACCUCUUCCAUCCCAGUUUGUCCUCUCAGGGAAAAAUUCCAAACGGUACUUCAACCGUAAAGGAAAACUGCGACAAAUCUCAAAGCUGAAGCCGUGGAGCUUGUUUGAAAUCCUGCUGGAUAAGUACGAGUGGCCUCAGGAAGAAGCUGUCCAGUUCAGCUCGUUCCUCCUGACCAUGUUGGAGCUGCUGCCAGAGAAAAGAGCCACAGCUGCCCAGUGUCUGAAACACCCUUGGCUCACCUCAUAGACACACAGGCUCUGUCUUGUUCAGACAUCAGUGGACUAGCUCUCAGUUCAGGAGCAGCCUUGGACACAUUGGAUAUGACAGUGGACCUGGUCAACUGUGGGAUAUACAGUAGUGGUGUGGUGCUGGCAUCAUGAGCACAGCUUUCAUGAAUAUUUACUAGCCUGAGUAAGAGCCUUUACCCAGCCGGGUUGUUUGUUUUUUUAGUAUUUUAAUGGCAGUCAUAUCUAAUUCAGGCACAGCAAUAACCAAGAAGUUUUGUCUUACAGGGAACAUGCUUUCUAACAUGAUCACAAGGUUCUUGAGUUUCAAUAAAUUGAUAUAAAAUUA